AUGGAAAGCUUCAGGUCCUAUGGAGAAGAAGGGGACGGCUGCUACUACUUCCAGAACUUGAAGCUUAAUGAAGAGGACCACUGCUUCCUGGAUUUCAGUACUUCUAGUACUACUACUGCCACUCAGAGCUGCCCCUUGCAAGACGAGUAUGAUGCCACCCUGUUCGAAGGCGAUAUCCUGAGCUUUUGGCCUGCCUUGGAAGAACGAGCUCAUCUCAAGGAAGUGAAGCAGGAGCCGGACGGUGACGCCGCGGAGAAGAAGCACGACGGCUCGGAGGAAGCACUCUUCUCCUCCACCUCCACCCAGCAUCUCUGCACUAGCACCACUACUGCACAGAGCUUCUUCUCGCAAGACCAGCAGGAGUUUGAAGCCCGCUUGGAAGUUCAUAUCAUGAGCCUUUUGGCAGCCUUGGAAGGAGAACAUCACGGCGGGGAGAAGGAACUGAAGGGCGAGGUGGGCCGCGACGCCGGGGAGAAGAAGCGCGAUGGACCAGAGGAGAAGCCACUGCUGUCGUUCCAGCAGGUGUCGCGGUGCUUCUGCAUGCCGAUCAAGCAGGCGGCGGAGGAGCUCAAUGUUGGGCUGACGCUCCUGAAGAGGCAGUGCCGGGAGCUCGGGAUCCCGCGGUGGCCGCACCGAAAGUUGAAGAGCCUGGAGACGCUCAUCAAGAAUGCUCAGGAGCUAGGGAAGCCUAUGAUUGAAGUGGAGAUGCUGCAACGGAAGAAGAAGCUGAUCGAGGAGAGGCCUGGGCACAUUGAGCUGGAUGAGGAGACGAAGGUGCUGAGGCAGGCAUGCUUCAAGGAGAAGUUCAAGAGGAGAAGGCUCAUGGCAAUGGAGCGGUAAUUCAAGAUGGAUAUGCUUGUUCCAUGGGAAUUUUGUUGGUGGGUGAAUCGCGGGUUUGAUCAGGCCGGGUAUUUUGCAGUUCUGAUCAGGGGAAUUUUGACUGAUCAAAUGUGCCAUCCGUAGCGUAGUCUGACCAGCUUUCUUUAUUUUGGGGGCCGGAGGAGGAAGUCUGUCUUGGUUAGCGUCUGAGCAAGACAGAAAGUAGAUGUUUUUGCUGUAAAUACUAUCACUCGUCCUCUGGCUAU